ACUGAUUCGUGACAACGUGCUGUCGAGAUGCCCUUACAAAAAGCCAAUAGUGGUAGUGGACCACCAAAAUUUCGCCAGCAGUACAUCACUACCCUCUCGCUCCCCUGCCAAAUUCGAAUUGCGUUGCGCUACGCUUGUCGACCGGCGAUGCGGCCUGCGGCGAGUCCCGGCGGCGGAAGGAGGAUGUCCCCGGGCGAAGAGGCUCUGCGGUCGUUGAAGAGGCCGCGCCACCCCGUUGAUCCCGGCUCCGGCUCGGACUCCGGCUCCAGCUCCGACUCGGAAUCCGACGGCGAUUUCGUCAGUGACUUGAGGCAGAUCGCGUGCCUGCUGCGGUUGAUCAAGAGCGGGGCCAACAAGGAUCGCCAGAAGAUGUGCGAGCAGAUCAUCGCCAGUGUCGCAGCCAAUAUUCAGACUAUGCUUGAAGAUACCAAGUCCAAGUUUGAGAAGGAAAGGCAGAACUUGCUGAAAGUAUUGUCAGGCACUUCGAAAGAGUGUGAAAGUUCAUUGAACGAAGAGUACACCAAGCUUCAGGAAACAUAUGAAAUGUUCUGUGAAGAAAAUGAUGCACACUUACAAACCUUCAAAGACCUAUUCUCACAAGUUGAAGUUGAGAAAAAGAAACUGCUUGAGCAGUAUCAAUAUCAGAGGGAGGAGACGGCUACAUUGUCUGAAUUUGGUGACACCUUCUCAGAGAAGAUAACAAAUGCCAAACCAUCACCGAAAAGGAUGAAGCAGGAUGACAAGUCUUUCAUCAUCUUCUGCAAGUCGGUUGGUUCAUAUCUUGAGUGCGCAUCGGAUGACGAUUUUGACCUUGAUGAUGAGUGACGCUCCUUCUCUUCUUGUCCAGCGUACUAAUCGUUUGAAGCGACACAUAGAAAAGGAUCUCGUUAUUUUUCUCUUAUUUUUCAGGUUUUCUCCUUUAACCAACAUGUUAGAGCAUCUUAAGGACCUCAUGUAUAGCCUAUAGGUGAGAAGGCUUCACAGUUUGUAUUAGGUACAUUGCCUCGGACUAUUUUUUUUACAUAGGUACAUGCCUCGGACUCGUGAAAAGGAAGUGUAUCAUAAAUUUGUCUGCAAUGUUGGAUUGGCUUGAGAGGUUGGUGUAAAGCCCCAGAUUUAAAACUAGCUUCAACCCAACCUUGUGUUGGAUCGGCGAAGGCCA